CCUACGCUGCUUCGUGGCAACAUUCAGACCGACCUUCAAGCACCAUGACGAGCAAGUCGUCGUCGUGGGUGUCGAAGCUCAAGGGGCUGGAUGCGUACCCGAAGACGAUCGAGGAGUUCAAGGUGCGCACACUCCAGGGAGGUCUCUUCUCGCUGCUGGCCUUCGCGUGCAUCGCGCUGCUGCUGGUGUCUGAGCUGAGCUUUUACCUCACGACGGACACAGUGGACAAGAUGAUGGUGGACGGCGGCCGCAAUACGCUCGUAUCCAUCAAUUUCGACCUCGAGUUCCCGCGUAUGCCUUGCUCCGUCGUGGCUGUGGAGUCUGCAGACAUGGCUGGCAACGCCCAGCACGAUAUUGUACACAACAUCGAGAAGAUCCCGCUGGAUCACAACGGCCAGGCGCUGGCUGAGGGCAUGCGGGACGUGAUUGGUGGCGCAUUGACCAAUAACACGGACCUGCAUGGAGAGACUGAGAAACCGGCAUGUGGGAGCUGUUACUCGGCUGGAGAACCAGGAGAAUGCUGUAAUACCUGCGAGUCCGUCAAGGCUGCAUACGCCCGCAAGAGCUGGAUGAUGCCGAGUCUACACACGAUCGCGCAGUGUCAAGAGCUGGAGGUCGAGAAGGUUCUGCGCGGAGAAGUGAACGAAGGAUGCCGCAUCAAGGGCUCGCUCGUCGUCUCCAAGGUUGCCGGUCGACUUUACUUCGCUCCGUCCAAGUUUUUCCGCUCGGGAUACUUGUCGGCUCAAGACCUGGUGGACGCCACCUUCAAGGUAUUUGACACUUCCCACACUAUCCGCUCGCUGUCGUUCGGCGAGUUGUACCCGGACAUGAAAAACCCACUGGACAACCGCCUGAAGGAGCUCCCUGACGAGUCUACUCGUGGCUCAUUCCAGUAUUUCCUCAAGGUACGUUCUUGGCGGUGAUCUUGUAGUUGAGAUAGAUUAGUAUAAACUCUGCUACUCAACACGCUCGCUUUCAGGUGGUGCCGACGGAGUACACGUUCCUGUCUGCUAGCCGAAUCAUCACGAACCAGUUCUCCGCUACGGAGCACUUCCGUCAGCUGACUCCUGUGAGCGACAAGGGCCUCCCCAUGGUCUCUUUCGGCUACACUUUCUCGCCCAUUAUGUUCCGCAUCGAACAGUACCGUGUCGGCUUCCUCCAGUUCCUCACGAGCGUCUGCGCUAUUGUGGGCGGUGUUUUUACGAUUCUUGGCAUCAUGGACUCGCUCGCAUUUGGACUACUGAACAAGACGAGCAGCACGACUCUGUUGUAACUGGUUUCUAGCUAAUCUCAAUAUGGACGUGGGCUUUCUUACCUCAUUAUUUAUGGAUAGCGCUUUCCCCAACCUGAUGACUAUUGCUUGUUGCGAUGCAUGGAAUGCCACCACUUACUCUGGAGCUAUGAAACUUAUCUAUUGGGAUCUUGCUAUGUGGGCUAAUGGGGUAGAUAAUACGACUCGUAAGCCUGGCAGUUGUGUAUCUUGAAGUCCGAUUCGCUGUUCGGCAGAAUGCUGUAUGUCUGGACCUGCUCCUCAAGACUAUUAGGACGAUUCCCUUGUUGCUCACCCGUCUGGAUGCUGUUGAAUUAGGUUAUCCACUUGGAGA